CAGGGUGAACCGGGGACGUCCAGUCUGCUGUAGCUAACAGAGUUGUUAGCUGAGCCUGCUCGCUGUCUGGACCAACAACAUGGGUGUUUCAGAUCUACAAUUUGAUGCAGAUGCUGGGCCAGUGCUGGAUCUUUCGGCUAGAGGAAUGCAGAAGUUGGAUCCCAGUUUCACCUGCUCUGAAGACACUCACACGUUAAUCCUGGAUCGUAACAACAUCAUGAAGUUGGACAAUCUAGAACGAAGUCCAAGUCUUCAGCAGCUGUCUGUAGCCAAUAACCGUCUGGUCCGAAUGAUGGGGGUGUCUCGGCUGACAGAACUGCGAGUCCUCAAUCUUCCCAACAAUAGUAUCGGCUACAUUGAAGGGCUUCGAGAUAUGCCUCAUCUGAAAUGGCUCAACCUGUCUGGGAACAACAUUAAGGUGAUCGAGCAGCUUAACAACUGUGUGUCACUUCAGCACUUGGACUUAUCUGACAAUAACAUCUCUGCUGUUGGGGAUCUGACCAAACUGGUAGCAUUAAAGACUCUUCUACUUCAUGGAAACAGCAUUACAACCCUCCGUGCCAUUCCUGCACACCUUCCUGCUCAUUUAUCCAUCCUGUCCCUGGCAGAAAACGAGAUAAGAGAUCUUAACGAGGUGUCAUAUAUCACGUGUCUUCAUGAACUGGAACAGCUGUCCAUCAUGAGCAACCCCUGUGUCAUGGCCACGCCUUCAUUACCAGUUUUUGACUAUCGUCCGUACAUCAUGAGUUGGUGCCUGAGGCUGAAGGUCCUGGAUGGUUACGUAGUGACACAGAAAGAAGGUCUCAAAGCGGAGUGGCUUUACAGUCAAGGCAAAGGCCGCUCAUAUCGCCCCGGCCAGCACGUCCAGCUGGUUCAGUACUUGGCCAAUGUUUGCCCUCUGACCGCAUCACCAGCCCUGGAGACGGCAGAAGAUGCCAAACUGGAGAAGAUCCUCAGUAAGCAGAGGUUUCACCAGAUGCAGCUGUUGGAGGAGAGCCAGGGAGGCUGUCCAAGUCCUCCUCGUCCUACUCAGCUGGACGUAGAGACGCACUGUCCUUCACAUGCAGCUCCACAGGGGGGAGCCCAAGAGAUGAACAAUAUCACUACAUCUGGACCGGAUGCCGUCCCGUCGGGGCAGGAGAAGGAGCCAGUCAUGCAGUUUAAUACCUGGGUGAGCUGUGAUUCUUCCCAGCCAGGGCUUCCAGCGGGUCGCAGCCCAAAGAGUGCAGAGGAGCACCUUUAUCUGGAAGAUGUGCAGACUGACGAGGACAAACUCAGUAACAGCAUGCUUUCCUCAGAGUCCACCUUCCUCCCCUUCACAUGUGACACGGAGCCGCAAAUGACCCACUCUGAGAGCGAAGACGAGACAGAGACAUUUGAGCCAGAUUCUUUGGCUCCAAAAUGGCCAGCACAACCCAAAAAACACGACACAAACAAGCUGCACUAUGUUUCCCCUGGGGAAAGGCAUGAGGGGAAGACUCCUGAAAGAGAGCUCGUUUCUAUUCCCACCACAGCAUCGUCACCGGUCAGAGCUUCCACACCACACAACGACCCAGAAACAUCCUCUGACUUUAAUAAAGCAGCAAUUAAGGAAUCUCAUGAGCAGGAGGAAGUGGCUUUAAAUGUCAGUAAAUUGAAUUUGGUGGAAGCAGAAAAAGCAGCAGUCAAAAUACAGUCCUGGUGGCGGGGACAUUACACACGGUGUUGUCACCCCGCCGCGAAGGAGGUGCGCGCUGAAAUCCGCUUGCGCAGGAUGCAAGAACACAUCGUCUUCCUCUCUGACAAGUUAGACGUUGUCCAGAAACAGCAUGAAGAGGAACGGCUGCAACGGCUGGUUCAGGAGGAGGCUGUGAAGUAUUUAUGGAAAGAGCUGCAGUCCAUGCAGGAGUGGAAGCAGUCUGUGGAGCACCAGCUGGCAGCCGUGACGCAGGCGGUCUCUGCAGCUCAGAUCUCAUCCGCUGCCGUCUGUGACGAAUUCCCGCCCGUUGUUUCCAGCACCACCAACCCACCCAGCACUGGCAUCUCCUUCCCAGACUCCGGCUUCCAGUCCACCAGCGAUCAGCUGGCAGCGCAGGAGGACAGCUUCCUCAGCAGCGGCACAGCCGAUUCUCUCAAAACCGUGCGGGCGCUCAACUCUGCCGGGAGCGGCCCGGCCGGUGGCCUGGACAGCGCAGACUGCAGCUUGCUGGAACAGUACCUCACCUCUGUGCAGCAGAGGGAGGAGGAGGCCGAGGAAGUGACUAGCGAUAGAACAGUAACGCCACAACCCUCCUCACCCGUUUUACCCAGCAGGACAGCCAACUCUCCCGCACAGAAGGCAACAGAAACCUCUCCCGGCUCCGGGAGUCCUCAUCUACAAGACAGUCCUCACUAACUAAAAGUAUCUGUAAACUAAAAUGUAGGUUUCAAAUGCUAACUAAUGACCCGGAUCUCACUGCUGUUCAUCAAAGCUGAACCAGCAACUGAAGCACUACCUGUGAAUGUUUCAUACUACCUGUUCUAUUAUUGACAAACACUUGGUUUUCUGUAAAGACAUUGAAUGUGAUGUAAGAAACUGUUAGAGCAGCUAUUUUAUGUGAGCAGGUUAUCACUAAUAAAUAACAG